AUGUUCACCUUCAAAGUCACCUUCUCCACAAACAAUGACUCUAUCAACCCCACCGCGGUCAAGUCACAAGCCACUCCAAACAGCAACCCUAAUUCCAUUGGCCAUUGGGAGCUCACCAACAAGGAGGUGCUUUGUAAGAUUGUUUCUGAUCCGUUCCGUCCGCUCACUAUUCCAAACUGA